AUGACUGAAUGCAUUGUGGAAUCACUGUUAUCCCGCUCAUUUGGAUUGAGACCUUUUUCCGAGAAACGAGAGAUCGUCGAAGGUGGCCGUCCCACUCCUGAGUUGCAAGGACUACAUACAACAUCCAAGGGAAGUGGUAAAGUCUUUAUUCGAAGUUUUCAGACGUCAAAUUACGACAAGUACAAAUGGCUGGCUGGCUCCUCAAAAUUGAAUAAGUUAUUUUGCUGGCCGUGUCUUUUGUUCAACUCAACAGACAAGACAGUCUGGUGCAAGAAGGGGUACGAUGAUUUGGCCAACCUGUGUAAUGCCGUCAACAGACACGAGAAAACGAAGACACACUUGUCCAGUUGCCUAAUGAAUGCCAGUUUUGGGCGUACACGCAUCGACAUGCAGCUAGACGAACAGGCCCGUCAACACAUCUCAGCUCACAACUUGAUGGUGCACAAGAAUAGAGAAGUACUUCGCCGUUUCAUUGAUGUUGUUUGCUUUCUUGGCAAACAGGAACUUUCUUUCAGAGGUCGGGUGGAGCUGGAGGAGUCUGCCAACAGGGGCAAUUACGUCGAAUUGAUAAAACUGCUAAGUGCAUAUGACCCCACGCUUGAACAGCAUCUUCAUACAGCAACCGUGUUUUCUGGACUUUCUAAUCGUAUCCAGAACGAUUUGAUUGUUGCUGUCAAGGACGUUAUGUUGAAAGCAAUAAAAGAUGAAGUGAUGAGGAGCCCAUUUGUCGCUAUUUCCCUGGAUGAAACCUCCGACGUUAAGACCUUAUCGCAGCUAACAACUAUAGUUCGCUAUGUCAACCCAGAUGGUAAAGCUGUGGAGCGCUUUCUUGGAUUUACCGAUGUAAGUGAGGAUAGAACUGCGGCUAGACUGAAACAAGAAGUCGCUGUCUCGUCAACUAAAGAGUGUCGUAUAUUUUUUAAAACCGUCACUGGUCUUUCAUCCUUUUUUCACGCCUCGUCCAAGAGAACAUACCUGUUGGACACAGUUGUCGGCAGACGCAUUCCCACUGGAACAGCUGUUCGAUGGCACUAUCAGAGCAGGUUAAUCCAUGCUGUACUGGAGACAAGAGCAAAGCUGCUCGAAGUUUUCGAAUACAUCAUCGAAAAUGAUGACGAGUUUGACGAAAUAUUUGGUCUUACGGAUGUUUUGUAUAAUAUCAUUCAGAGUAAGCAGUUCGAUAUUGUCUUCUGUGUCACGAAAGUUCGCGAGACGAAAGAUAAGAUUCAAGAACAACGAACAAAAUUCGUAGAUUAUUGGAAUUUUACGUCAAGUAUCGUCAAAGUAGCACUGAAACGCGGGCAAAGUGAAGAGGAUGUAAAGGCGUCCUUCCGUCAAAUGUUUUUCUGUGUAGUCGAUACCAUUGUCGUGCAGAUUGACUCUAGAUUCGAAAGUCUUAACAGCAGAGCAUUCGUUUCUUUGUUGGAACAUUCAAAGCACGAAGUGUACAGCCGGAAUUUUCCCGAACGAGAGCUGCAAUCGUUGCAAGAUUCAUAUGGAACAUUCUUUAAUCUUCAAGCACUAAAAAGUGAACUAAUCGUUGUAUACGCAUCUGCCGAGCUCAAAUCGAAACCUGUUUUUGAUAUGAUAUCAAAAAUAAUCGAACUUGACUUGAAAGCCUGUUUUCCAGAGGUGUACCGAUUGUGUCAGCUCAUUCUUACUAUGCCAAGUACGUCCUCCUCUGCAGAAAGAUCAUUUUCGGCUCUCAAGCGUAUCAAAACGUAUCUUCGCAGUACACAAGGGCAAGAGCGACUUUCUGCAUUGGCUACAAUUUCAAUCGAGAAGGAGAUGUUGGUAAGUUUGCAGGGGAAGCCACGAUUCUAUGAGGACGUUAUAAAGGAGUUUUGCGCAAAGGAAAGACGGAUGGAAUUUACAUUUAAGUAA